AUGGAAAUCAUCCGAUCGUUCAAAACCAUAAAAUGGGCCAAUUGCAAGAUCCAAUUCGACUACGUCUGCUACGUUGUCAAGCAAGACGGCAGCCAUUACACCGGGAAAUGGCGCGAUGUUGACAGCCGUCCUCAAGCCGUAUCCGACCUCUCCGAUGUCCAGGAACUGCACAAAACCCUCCGAGAGGACCAGUACUAUCACCAGGUCAAAAUCUGCGAGUUUCUUCAGGAUUUGCCUCACCCCAACGUCGGUGUUUACCAUGGAUGCUAUGAACGAGGUGGCUAUAUCACGAGCAUUACUUCCGGACGGUAUAUGAUGACGUUUGCGCUGCGGGUGAACCCCAGGAGCUUGAGUAAGGAGGAUUUCCGGGCGAGUGAGCGGGAAAAGGUGGAUGAAAUCAUGACGAAUGGCCUGAGCGGUGUUUUGGCGGGCAUUCGUCAUCUCCAUGAAAAUGGACUGGCGCAUAAUAAUAUCAACCCGCGGGCGAUCAUGCUGGCUGGGGAUUCAAGUCUUGUAAUUGUUGAUUUCAGAUGCAGUGGCAGACUUGGAGAGCCGCUACCCAACUGCGAGAGGGCGCCUCAUUGGCAUGACCCGAAGGUUGAGGUUUCCAGGAAGGAAAAUGAUCUUGAUGCUUAUGAAGAGUUGAGGACCUGGCUGGUAGGAUCUGCGGAGGAUCAGUUUCGGUUUGAAUAG